AUGACUUACUCUUUGCUGGAAAUCGGUAUUCAUCAGGAGAAAUCAAUGGGCGUGGCGAUCACGGCCGCCCUCACCUCCAGCGUUGCAGCCUUCGUCGCCGGGAUACUGACCGAUAGAAUCUACGGACACCUCAAGGUCACCAUCAUCGGCCUCCUGGCGGCCUCCUUUGCCUUCUUCCUCUGGUUCUUCUUCCUCUCCACCGGAGUCAUCGAGGCAACUCUGGCCCAAGCUUACAUCUCGGUAACCAUGGGCGUGUCGCUGGAGUUCGCCUCGGUGCCGCUCCUGGUCCAGCUGGGCCUCGAGCUGUCGUUCCCCGUGUCCGAGGUGGUGGUGGGGGCCGUCGGCGCCGUCUGCUUUUCGUUCGUCUCGUUGGUUUUCAUUCUCCUCUUUCUUAUUCCUGAUAUCGUGUCCCCUCACAUGCCAAGACACAUAAUAGUUGCCAUAAAAAGACACGGUAAGCAGGACACAUAA